AUGUGCAGCCGGCUCUCUCUGUUGCAGCCAAUCCGCUCAGUGCAGCUCGGGCUCCGGCGCAGCUCGUGUGGCGCACGCGGCUCAUCCCCUCCCGGCCGCCGGGGAGCGCCUGUCUGAAUCCCGGACACCGAGCGCAGGACACCGGGGCCGAGCCGAGCAGCAUGUCAGGGCCAGGGGGGCCGCACGGGGAGGCCGGCGGGCUGCUGGUGGAGCUGCUGGGGGACAAGCUGGUGACGGCGGAGCGGGAGGAGGUGGACGUGCAGUCGCUGGGCUCCCGGGUGUCCAUGGUCGGGCUGCUCUUCGGCUGCGGGAUGAGCGCGCCCUGCCUGCAGGAACUGGCCGGCCUCACCGACUUCUACCGCAACACCCGGGACCGCCUGGAAAUCGUCCUCAUCUCCUCCGACCCCGACCACAAGAAAUGGCAGCUCUUCAUCAAGGACAUGCCAUGGCUGGCACUGCCCUACCAGGAGAAGCACAAGAAGCUGAAGCUGUGGAACAAGUAUCGCAUUUCCAACAUUCCCUCGUUGAUCUUUAUCGAGGCCUCUACUGGCAAGAUUGUGUGCAGGAAUGGUCUCCUUUUAAUAAAAGAUGAUCCAGAAGGGCUGGAGUUCCCAUGGGGUCCAAAGCCUUUUUGUGAAGUUAUUUCUGGACCUUUGAUCAGGAACAAUGGUCAGUCUCAAGAAAGCUGUACUUUGGAAGGCUCUUAUGUUGGAAUCUAUUUCUCUGCACAUUGGUGUCCUCCUUGCCGGAGUCUGACCAGGGUAUUAGUGGAAUCGUAUCGGAAGAUCAAGGAAUCUGGGCAGAAGUUUGAAAUUGUCUUAGUUAGUGCUGACCGAUCUGAAGAAUCAUUUAAACAGUAUUUCAGUGAGAUGCCAUGGCUGGCUGUACCCUACAGUGAUGAAGCAAGAAGGUCACGACUGAACAGACUAUAUGGAAUACAAGGUAUCCCAAAUCUAAUUAUAUUGGACCCCAAGGGGGAAGUCAUUACACGGCAAGGACGAGUGGAAGUUUUGCAUGAUGUUGACUGCAAAGAGUUUCCUUGGCACCCAAAGCCUGUUGUGGAGCUUACAGACUUAAAUGCUGUGCAGCUAAAUGAAGGCCCCUGCCUCGUCCUUUUUGUGGACUCUGAAGAUGAUGGGGAGUCAGAAGCUGCGAAACAGCUUAUACAACCUAUAGCAGAAAAAAUUAUAGCACAAUAUAAAGCCAAAGAUGAGGAAGCACCACUACUGUUCUUUGUUGCUGGAGAGGAUGAUAUGACAGAUUACCUGAGGGAUUUCACCAACCUACCAGAAGCAGCUCCUCUCCUAACAAUACUAGACAUGUCUGCCAGGGCAAAGUAUGUAAUGGACGUGGAAGAAAUAACUCCAGAUAUCGUGGAUAGCUUUGUGAGCGACUUCUUAGCUGAAAAACUUAAGCCAGAGCCUAUCUAAGAAGAUAUUAAUUCAGUAUUCUUACCCUGCAGAAAGAACCAUUUAUUUAAAACCACAAUCGCUUCUUUUCCUCUUGCCACACGUAAAGGAUUUUAUAAUAGUGUCACCGCUUGGAAAGCUUUGUCAUGGUGCCUUUUUGUGUGUGUUGUUUUAAAGAGAUCUUCCUUCCAGAAUCUCAUAUAUUGCCAAAUGUUUCAGCAGAGCAAUGUUAACAAGCCAUGGCUUCGUUGUCAAUACAUGGGCAGAACUCAUACAUGUUAGGUCUGUUGAAACUGGUAGACCUGAAAUACCCAGAAAAACCUUUAUUAAUAAACUGCUCACUUCAUGGUGUGAUGUCCUCCUCUAACCGGCUGCGUCAGCAGUCAAAACCAAGUUGUAACUCUUUGUAGUAAAUUUACUUUCUAGAGUGUGUUUUGUUAUUGAUCCUCCCACUAACACAGUCUCUCAAAACGUUGAAUAUUUGCAUCUUUUGGAGUCCAUGUUUUGUCCACUGUUACCAUAGAGGUUUGAUACAUGCCCCACCAGUCAUCUAAUUCGAUUAUUACUUUAUCUAAGUAUGAAUUUGUAACAUCAUGGGAAUUGUGGAGAAUUGAUAAGCUUUUAAGCUAAAAAAAACAACAACAAAAACACAAAAACAAUUGAGAACAUUCUCUAACGCUGCCCUUUUUACAUCUUGCUUAUUGUUGCUGAAAAAUUGUAAUUCACUUAUCCGUUUUCCACAUUUCCUUGUAUUUAAUAGACUCCAAUUUGAUAUUCUCAAAAAUACACUUUUAGAUUUGCAGAUGUUGUCAACAGAUGUACAUUGAUAAAGGAAUUUCACUGCCCUA